UUUCAAGAUGAGCAAAGUGAAGACUACGAUCCUUGGCGCGCUCCUGAGCUCGUCGAUAAUUCACCGGCUUGGUCAGAACUCAGCAAUGUGCAAAGGAUACAAAGAGUUUUGUUUUGGAUUUUUCGUAUCGCUGUCGUUUUGGGGUCGCUUUACCUAUUCAUCUGUUCUCUGAGUUUGCUGUCAGACUCUUUCAGACUUUUGGGAGGAAAGGCUGCUGGAGAAGCAUUGGAUUCAGAAGGAAUUGUCUCAAAUCCGAUAGCAGGUUUGAUGCUUGGCAUUUUAGUUACGGUGCUGGUACAAAGCUCGUCAACCUCAACGUCUAUUGUCGUAACCAUGGUUGGUGCAGAAAUUCUUACAGUUAGCAACGCAAUUCCUAUCAUCAUGGGUGCAAACAUAGGAACUUCUGUUACUAAUACGAUUGUAUCACUGGCACAAUCUCCCAAUCGCGACGAGUUCCGCCGUGCAUUUGGUGGCGCAACGGUUCAUGACAUGUUCAACUGGUUAAGUGUCAUAGUUUUACUACCCAUAGAAAUUAUCACUCACUAUUUAUAUUGGUUGUCCCUUGCUCUAACUAGCGGUAUCAAAGGAGACAGUAACGCGAAGCAAGAUUUAUUAAAGGCUCUCACGAGUCCUUUUACUAAGCUUAUAAUUCAGCUUGAUAAAAACGUAAUUACCAACAUAGCCAUUGGUCAGAAGGAGUACCUCAACAAAAGCCUAAUCAAAUCUAGUUGUGGUUCUGUGGUACGAAUUGUUCCGAUGAAUGUUUCAUCCUUAGUUAAUGUUACCAAUGAAACGAGUGGGGAAACUACGCUAGAAAUGGUCUAUGAAUCUGUGAAUGUUAGCCAAGCUGCUAAGAAGCAUUGUAGAUUCCUCUUCGCAAAUACUGGCAUGAGUGAUCCCGUGAUAGGGAUUAUCCUAUUAAUAGCCUCCGUUGUGCUCCUGUGUGUUUGUCUAAUUCUCCUUGUAAAGUGCUUGCAAUCCAUGAUGAAGGGUCAUGUCGCAAAAAUUAUAAAGAAAACUAUCAAUGCAGAUUUCCCUGGUAGAUGGAGUGUUUUGACGGGCUAUGUGUUUAUGCUUGUGGGUGCUGGAGUAACAAUCAUCGUGCAGUCAUCUUCCGUUUUCACGUCAACAAUUACUCCUUUAGUCGGUAUCGGAGUGAUAGAAUUAGAUAGAAUGUAUCCGUUGACAUUGGGUUCGAAUAUCGGUACUACAACAACUGGUGUUCUUGCUGCUUUAGCAACAAAGACAGGAUUACAUAAUGCUAUGCAAAUCGCAAUAUGUCACCUGUUCUUUAAUAUUUCUGGAAUUCUGGUCUGGUAUCCGAUACCAUUUAUGCGCAGAAUACCGAUAAAAUUGGCAAAGUUUAUGGGUAACACUACUGCCAAGUACCGUUGGUUCGCUGUUGCAUACUUGGUCUUUAUGUUUUUUAUCAUCCCCGGAGCCAUUCUUGGACUAUCCUUAGCCGGAUGGUACGUUCUAUUGGCCGUUGGUGGUCCUUUCCUACUCUUGCUUAUCUUUAUAGGUAUAAUAAAUGUAUUACAAAAGCGAAAACCCAAUCUCCUACCCAAAGGCCUACAGUCUUGGGACUGGGCGCCAAUUUGGUUAAGAUCGCUCGAACCGUACGAUAGAAUAUUCUCUAGAAUAUGUUGCUAUUCGAAGCGUUCUAAACCAGAAGUUGUAGCAUGUGAAUUUUAA